GAGAGAGAGAGAGAGAGGUAAUAUUCUUUGUCCUUCAUCUCCUCGCAUUCUCUUUAGAGAGAGAGGUCAUAUUCUUUUUCCUUCAUCUCCUCGCAUCCUCUUUAGUACUCUUUCUCAAGUUUCCCCUCACAAUUCCCAAAACCCCAUCAGUAUACAACAAGAAGCUCUUCUUAACUUAUUGUUAGUAUCAUUUAUAUAUAUAUAUAUAUAGCCAGCUAAUUGCUCUUCAAUCCACAUGUGAUUCAUAUGAUGAUCAAAAUGUUCUUCUCUCAAUCACCUUUUCUCUUCCUUGUGACGUUCUUCUACGUGAUCUUAUCCUCCAACGCUUCUGCUCAGUUGCCCAAAAGUGAAGUGGAAGCUUUACGUGAGAUAGCAAAAACGCUUGGGAAAACAAACUGGAAUUUCAGCGUAGAUCCAUGCAGUGGGGAUUAUGGUUGGGUUACAAAAAACCCUGUUCAAGGCUUUGAGAAUGCCGUCUCCUGCAAUCGUUCCUUCUGCAGUGCUACUGCCUGCCACGUCACCAGCAUAGUUCUGAAGGCUCAGAGUCUCCCGGGUACUCUCCCUAAGGAUCUUCUGAAGCUUCCCUAUCUUCAAGAAUUUGACCUCUCACGCAACUACCUUAACGGUACCAUUCCUCCAGAAUGGGGCUCAUCCCAGCUUGUCAAUAUUUCCCUUCUAGGAAACAGGUUAACGGGUUCUAUCCCCAAAGAACUUGCAAACAUCACCACUCUGAAAAGUUUGGUCCUCGAGAUUAACCGUCUUUCAGGAAAUCUACCUCCGGAGCUUGGGAAUCUGUCCAACAUAGAGAGAUUUCUUGUUACAUCAAACAAUUUUACUGGAGAAUUGCCUGAAACACUUGGAAAGCUGACAACAUUGAAGGAUUUUCGGAUUGGAGACAAUAGCUUUUCUGGGAAAAUACCAAGUUUUAUACAGAAAUGGACCAAACUUCAGAAACUGUGGGAGAUAUUAGCGAUUCAAGCGAGCGGUUUGAGUGGGCCGAUUCCUUCCAGCAUUGCUCUCUUGGAAAAAUUAUCCGACUUGAGAAUUAGCGACUUGAGCGGAUCAGAAGCAACGUUUCCACCACUUAAUAAUAUGACAAAAAUGAAGACCUUGAUCCUGAGAAAUUGCAAUCUUAAUGGAACCAUACCUGAUUACCUCGGUGAAAUGUCAAGUUUGAAAACUUUGGAUCUCAGCUUCAACAAGCUAAGUGGAAAUGUUCCUAACAGCCUUGCCAGUCUAUCGAAUGUGGAUUACAUAUUCUUGACUGGAAACUUGCUUUCUGGAGAAGUGGCUGAGUGGUUGCUUACAAAGGGGGAGAGCAUUGAUCUUUCAUACAACAACUUCACGGUUAACAACUCGAGCUGUCAGCAGAGGAAUGUGAACUUGUUUGCAAGCUCUUCGCAGGGCAAUAACUCCAAAAUUGUUUCAUGUUUGACAUGUUAUGGAAAUUGGUACUCUCUUCAUAUUAAUUGUGGUGGAAAAGAAGUUACUGUCAAUGGCACCACAUUUGAAUCCGAUACCGAUUCAGCUGGACCUUCAAAUUUGUUCGUAAGUAAAACAAAUUGGGCAGUCAGCACAACCGGUUACUUUGCAGAUAAUGACAGUCCUAAAGACUCCUAUACUACAGGAAAUUUAUCUAGCCUAACUGUGGCAAAUCCGGAACUGUACAUGAAUGCACGUCUUUCUCCCAUUUCCCUAACUUAUUAUGCUUUCUGUUUGGGAAACGGAAACUACACAGUAAAACUCCAUUUUGCUGAGAUAAUGUUCACAAAUGACACAACAUACAGUAGCCUUGGAAGGCGUCUGUUUGAUGUCUACAUUCAGGGAAAGCUAGUGCUCAAGGAUUUCAAUAUCGCAGAUGAAGCUGGUCAAGCUGGUAAAGCAGUCAUAAAAAACUUCACUGCCGUUGUCACUAGUAGCACCCUGGAUAUCCGCUUCUAUUGGGCCGGGAAAGGGACGACUGCUAUCCCCAAUAGAGGAGUCUACGGUCCUCUCAUAUCAGCAAUUUCUGUGAAUUCUGACUUUCAACCUCCAUCCACAUCAACAGAAACUGGAAGUAGCAUAUCUGUAGGUGCAAUAGUCGGAAUCGUCGUUGGAUCAUUGCUUGUUGUAUUGCUCAUAAUCGGUGUCCUUUGGAGGAAAUGCUGCCAAAGGCGGAAAACUACUUUGGAGCAAGAUCUAAAGGGUGUGGACUUGAAAACUGGUAAAUUUACCCUGAGGCAAAUCAAAGCUGCUACAAACAAUUUUGAUGUAGCCAAUAAGAUUGGAGAAGGUGGUUUUGGUCCUGUUUACAAGGGUGUUCUAUAUGAUGGCGCCAUAAUUGCAGUUAAGCAGCUUUCUUCCAAAUCAAAGCAAGGGAAUCGUGAAUUUUUGAAUGAGAUAGGCAUGAUCUCAGCUGUGCAACACCCUCAUCUUGUUAAGCUCUAUGGGUGCUGUAUCGAAGGCGACCAAUUGCUGCUUGUGUACGAGUACAUGAAAAAUAACAACGUUGCACGUGCUUUAUUCGGUCCUGAGGAGAGUCAGUUACAACUAGAUUGGCCAGCAAGGCGAAAGAUAUGUGUUGGUAUUGCAAGAGGUUUGGCUUAUCUCCAUGAAGAAUCAAGAUUGAAGAUUGUUCAUAGAGAUAUCAAGUCUACUAAUGUCCUUCUUGAUAAAGAUCUUAAUCCUAAGAUAUCUGACUUUGGUUUGGCCAAGCUUGAUGAAGAGGAGAAUUCCCACAUAAGCACCCGAAUUGCUGGAACUUAUGGAUAUAUGGCACCUGAAUAUGCAAUGCGCGGCUACUUAACCGAUAAGGCAGAUGUAUACAGUUACGGAAUUGUUGUCUUGGAAAUUAUUAGUGGAAAAGGCAACACUACUUACCGUUUAAAGGACGACUGCUUUUAUCUUCUUGAUUGGGCACUUCUUCUAAAAGAGGAAGGGAAUUUAAUCAAGCUAGUUGAUCCGAGGUUAGGCUCGGACUAUGACAAAGAAGAAGUAUUGUUGACCAUCAAUGUGGCCCUCCUCUGCGCUAAUGUCUCUGCAGCCGCUAGGCCUACCAUGUCGUCUGUGGUGAGCAUACUCGAAGGCAAAACGGCCAUUCAGGAGCUGAUCCAGGAUACGAGUGUCUCAAUUCAUGAUAUUUCCGUGAUGAGGAAACAUAAUCAAAUCAUUCAAGAAGGAAAUCAUGCUGACAGUCAGACACACAGUAUGUCAAUUGAAGGACCGUGGACUGGUUCUUCUUCAUCGGCUCAUGAUCUCUACCCGCUCAAUCCAGAUUCCGACUAUUGGCAGAGUAGGAACUAGAGAUUAUAUAUUGCGAAUUGUAUUGAUCGCCAAACCGUCUAUAUGUCUUCGAGUAGUUUAAUCAUCAAUGUAUCUUUUAUGUUCCGACUUCAGUUUCUUUUUCGUUUAUGCACUACUCUUAAAGUACUUCAAGGGUUUCCACAAAAUGUAUACUGUAAAUUGUGAUAGUUUAGAGUGUGAUUUUACCAACUAGUUUGUUGAAAAUAAGCAACUCUUUUUAUAGCCUUCCAAGCAACCAAGGAUAAUGCUAUCUGAUAUACUUGAUGGAGUUUAACGCAUUUGAAACUUGAUUUUUACUCGUCAA